CUUCCCAUUUCAAGACUCAACUCAAACAACAAAAAUAAGACAUUGUUUGGUUUGGUUACUUGCUCGAAUUUCCUCGAAUCGCUUAAUUUGUAUUUGAUUAGUUAAACCGCAACGCGGAAUCUCUUUUCUCGAACUGGCUAACUCUCAGGCAAGUGGUUCGGACGCUGAUUCCAGCAACAAGCGGCUGGUGCUCGCACUGUAUGACGCCCUAAACUCCGGCGACUCCGACGCCGUCGUCAAGAUCGUCGCCGCCGACCUCGAGUGGUGGUUCCAUGGUCCGCCCUCACACCAGUUUUUGAUGCGCAUGCUCACCGGCGACUCCGCUGCCGACAACUCCUUCCGCUUCCUUCCGCAGUCUAUCGCCGCCUUCGGCUCCACCGUCAUCGUCGAGGGCUGCGACACCGCCCGCAACAUUGCCUGGGUCCACGCCUGCACCGUCACGGAUGGGAUAAUUACUCAGAUCAGAGAGUACUUCAACACCGCCCUCACCGUCACCCGCAUCCACGAUUCCGGCGAGAUUGUUCCGGCUAGCUCCGGCGCCGGCCGUUUGCCCUGUGUCUGGGAAAGCAGCGUCUCCGGUCGGGUCGGGAAAUCCGUACCCGGUUUGGUUCUUGCAAUAUAAAAUAAUUAUUAACAAGUAAUUAGGGAAGAACGCGGUCACGUGUGAAUAAUAAUUAAAUAAGGAGGUUGUGCACGUGGCGGUGACUGGGUCGAACGGUUUCAGGGAACAUUGAUAUAUUUUCGUAGUAUUGGUGUGUUCUAGAGGUUAGAGAGAUGUGAGACCCUACUGGUGGGGUUUCUUAUUUCUUUAAUUUUCUCAGGUUUGGUUUGUUUUUGUUUUGUUUGCUUGUGUGUUUUGGGAACCACUAUGGGCCUAUCCAGGUGGCUGUAUCUUUCUUUUGUAAUGCGGUUUGUUGAUGAUGAUGAUGCAAUAAGAAUAUCUAUGGAUUAUGGUUUUAAGAA